AUGCUCACCAGAGGUUACCAUUUCAUAGAGCUGAGCAAUGGGUGGGCACACAUUUUGAACCUUCUUGGCUUUAUUGAGCUGGCUUGUCUAGCAGAGGGCAACUUGCCGGAGGGUUAUUACUGGGGGGACGGUACCCAGGACAAUUUUCCAGGUGCCCCAUCAAAGGAUGAGGAAGAAGAGUUAUGGGAAGAUGAAGAAGUAAUCACAAUGGGUGACAUGCCCACAAAGACUGGCUCCACCAACAUCAAUGGCAACAUAAUGAUGCUUCUGGUAGACAGAUCCGGCAUACAUCAUUUGCUCGUUAAAUGGUGUAGCUGUCCCAAUGCUGCUCCCUCAGACGUUCGGCUCUUGUCCAAUAGACGGGGCCAGCGGAGUCCGGCAGAGAUACAGCUGCAAAUGUAUGCAAAACAAAUCAACAAAAAAGGCACAACUGCAGAAAGACUGGAGUUAGAGGAAAGGUGUCAACACCUGCUCUCCCAUGUAGAUGCUUUCAACCUCAAGGUUGAAAGGUAUCAAGGCAAUAAUGAUGUCACCGAGUUUCUUGAGGAGGUCCCAGGGUGGCCAAACUCCAAUAAAGACAAUGAUGCAGAAGACAUAAAUCUGUUUGACCUCCUGGGUUCCUUCAAUGGCGAUAAUGAGCCUAUUGAGAGGAGAAAAUUGGUGUUACCCUCUAACUUAGGAAAAGGCACUUGCAAAAUCAAAGGCCUACAUCAUCUAGUAAGCCAGGAGCUUACAUUCCAGGAAAGUCAGGCCAACAACGCUUUGCAUCAGAUACAUAUCCACUUCAGUCAACCUCUUUCCAUGGCCUCUUAG